AUGGCUUCUUCUGAUAUCCAAGUGAAAGAUCUGUUGAAGUGGGCUUCUGGCCUGGCCUUUGAAUUGAUACUCAGCCCCCAUUCAAAAGAAUCUGUCCCAGAAUUCCCUCUUUCUCCUCCAGAGAAGAAGAACCUUUCCCUGGAGAAAAUUCAGAAGAAAUUAGAAGCUGCAGAAGAAAGACACAAGUCCCAUGAAGCUGAGGUCCUGAAGCAGCUGGCCGAGAAGCAGAAGCAUGAAAAAGAAAUGCUUCAGAAAGUAAUGGAGGAAAAUAACUUCAGUAAGAUGGCGGAGGAGAAGCUGAUAUUUAGACAAAAGACUCAUUUCUAA